CCUUGAGCAUUAUCGUACACCGGUCUCCGGAGCCUUCCAAGGUUGUCGCAACUGUUGUUCACAUGUACAGCAUGGAUAUAUACAUAUGUUCAAAGAGCUGAACGUUGCUAGAACAAGUCCUCGCUGGAAAACGCACCAAAGCUCCUCACAGCCUUGUCGACCCGCCAGUCUCCAGGCGUGUGUGAUUGCCUUCAGUGUCGAUCUACCGUAAACAUCCAGAAGACCAGAAUGCUCGACAUCUCGACCAUCAGUUCUCCGUCCUUCUCCCUCUCCCUCGCGGGCCUCAUCCUGCUCGCCGACAUCUCCACCCUCGCCAUCCGAACUGCGCUCCGCGGCGGGACCCCCUCCCUACUCGAUGCCCUGAUCCUCCUGCCCGGCCUCCAUCAAGAGGGUCACACAGCCGUGGACCUCCACAAGGGUGAAUAUCCCGCCUGCGCCGCUCUGACCACGGGCUAUGUCUUCCGCGUCGAGAACCAGGCCACGGUGUUCCAUCUCCAGAGGGUCGGCCGGUCGGGCUGCUUGACCACCUUGGAGGUUCUGCCCGCGAGAACUGUGAGGCAGGGGUGGGCGGUGAGUGCGAGCGCGCUUUGCGCCGCGGGCUUGACGGCGUCGGCGAUGGCGUUGUUGGCGGGAAUGCGGGAUUGGUGGGCGUUGGGCGGAAUGGGCGGGUUGGUUUUCGUCCGCUUGGUGAAUAUGCUUGUGUUGCGUCGCCGGGCGAGACCUGGAUGGUUUGGAGCGUUGGAGCCUGGCGUCAACGGUGAUCUGUUGGUCCUCUUGAGUCAAGACCGCUGGGUCCGUAUUCGCGGUCUGGUUGACGAUCUCAAGGCCGUAACCUCUGCGUCUUGGCUGAGAGAGGCGACGGCGGCGGAGAGCUCCGCGACGACAUUCGCGACGUUGUUGGUUUACAUCGACAUCAUGUUGUUGGCCAACGCAAGCCUACUUGGACAGAUGAUGCUUGUAGCAUUGGUGCUUGCUUCGACCGCGCUCGUGGGCCUUUCCAACCUGUGGACGACAACUCUACAUAUGCAUAGUCGAAGUCUUCAAGUCUACGACCGGAGACAGUACGAUCGGAGAUUGACUUUGGCGAACGAAUUGAUCGAGGAGACUGGACGUGACGACUGGGCCAUUCGCAUGGGCAUGAUACAGCCGAAGCACGCAGCCGCUACUCAGAAUAGAGGGCAGACCAGCGAGGAGGAACCGGUCAUCAUGUAGAUGAUGCAUCAGUAGUAGAGAGGGGAACAUCAUAACU